CACCCACCCCACAUACACACACCCUGCAUGUGCGAACAUAAACACACAUACACGCACCGCAGACGCGUGUGGUUGACCGCACCGGGCUCUCAGCAGUGUGUGAAGACACGCACAGCACGCCAACGAAGCAGCGUUACUGAAUCUAACGCAGGACCGGCAAGCAGAUCGCAUCGCAAACCAUCCUACUUUCUCUCUCUCUCUGCCUCUCUCACCCCUUUUUCAGUCGUAGUUGUGUAGAGCCGGAGAACAAAUACCCUCUCUCUCACUCUCGCUCUCUUCCUCUCUCUCUUUCUUUCUCUCUGUCCUAUGGCGGGAUAAACCGUGAAAAGAUGAGCUUGUGAUACAGAACCAGACCUGAGUGACCUGACAGCUCUAACUAAUCGUGUUCAGACGAGAAGAAAUGCUGCCAGUUGAAGCCUAGUGUCUGAUAGCAUUGAAAAGCAUCCUAUCUACUUCCCUGAAGAAAACAAGAUUUCUCUGAUCUGGUUCAUCGGACAGAGUGACUCGCCACGCUCCGACUGCCCCCUUCUCCCCACAGAAUUAGACACCACCCCUGUUCGGCCACAGCUGUACAUGGAGACCCCCAGCUGGGCAGAAACCAAACCAGGAAACGGGCUGUGUAAAACAGGAAGCAUUGCUCUCUUUGGAAACGUAGUGUACAGCGGGCUGCUGAACGAUCACUUCUGGCAUUUUGGGGUGCCCCUUGUCACAAGACUGGGUAACCAGGAGGCCCCAGCCCCCCCAGAAGCAAUGGCUCAGCCGUACGCCCCUGCGCAGUAUCCGCCCCCUCCACCUCAGAACGGGUUGCCCGGUGAAUACGCUCAUCCCGGGCAGGACUACACGGGGCCCAGCACGGUCCCGGAGCACGCGGCAGCCCUCACCAUCUACACACCCACACAGACGCACAGCGAACCGCCCGGUACUGACAGCAACACGCCUUCUCUCACAGGAACUAACAGCUUACCACAACCGGAUGACGUGGCGCAGACAGACAUCUCCCAGCAGCUUCAGCUCCAGCCCUCAGACUCUUCGGAGAAGCAGCAGCCCAAACGGUUACACGUCUCCAACAUUCCCUUCCGCUUCCGUGACCCAGACCUCCGGCAAAUGUUCGGGCAAUUUGGGAAAAUUUUGGAUGUGGAAAUUAUUUUUAACGAGCGGGGCUCCAAGGGUUUUGGUUUUGUAACUUUUGAAACGAGCGCAGAUGCAGACCGCGCACGGGAGAAACUAAAUGGUACAAUCGUAGAGGGACGCAAAAUCGAGGUAAAUAAUGCAACAGCACGAGUAAUGACGAACAAAAAAGUGGCCAACCCAUAUACAAACGGCUGGAAGCUGAAUCCAGUGGUGGGAGCGGUCUAUGGUCCUGAAUUUUAUGCAGUGACAGGCUUUCCAUAUCCUACCACAGGAGCGACAGUGGCUUACAGGGGUGCUCACUUGAGAGGCAGAGGACGUGCCGUCUACAACACGUUCCGCGCCGCGCCUCCACCCCCUCCGAUUCCUGCUUAUGGAGCUGUGGUUUACCAAGAUGGCUUCUACGGUGCUGAGAUCUACGGAGGCUAUGCAGCAUACAGAUACGCCCAACCAGCCGCGGCAGCUGCAACGGCCUACAGUGACAGCUAUGGCAGAGUCUUUGCAGCAGCAGACCCGUAUCACCACACGAUUGGACCUGCAGCCACGUACAGCGUGGGCACUAUGUAACUAAAACGAAGGCCGACGAUGGAGAAGAGAUGGACAUCAGAUAAAAGGAACAAAAAGGAUAAAGAAAAGUGAAAAUGUGUGAAUGGGAAAAAAAACAUACAAAAAGAAGUUCAGAGGAGAUCUUUACACCGAGGCUGUCAGGAGAAGGCAUUAUAUCUCUGUAGGGACACGAGACUGACACAGCCAAGCUGUGGAUGGGAAGAGGGGUUAGCUUUCACCUGGGACAGCCUUUCCGGUGUGGAGGAGAAGAGGAGACGUCAUCAUAAAACUUUUUAUUUUUCUAAACUUUUUUAAGUUUACGGUUUCAAAAAGAUGAAAAAGAUGAGUGUAUAUAUCUAUAUAGCGAUAUAUAUGUAUGUAUAAAUAUGUUAUAAAAGAGAAGCGGAGUUUAAAAAAAUCACUAUAGCAACAGAGUGAUGAAUUCGUGCUGUGGGAGGGGGGGUGGGUUUUGUACGUGUCAUUCCUUUACACCCCCCACCCCCUCCCACCGAUCGAAACGGCCCAGGCAGAGAGGCUGAAGGCCCCUUAGACACAAUUCCAUGCGGCCCCUCCAAAGCCCUCGAAUACGGCACAGCUGGGUCUUCCACGAGCGGGAUCUUGUCGGGUUCAACUUCCUGUCGGGCCUUCCUGAGCGGCUAGACGUCCCCCUUUUAUUCAUCCCGACUAGAUGUUAAACGAAGGCAGACUUGCAUGGGAAGAUCCACUUUAUGAACUAUGUCAAGUAAAACUCACCAACGUCAGGUUGUGAAGAUCUUUAAUCCUGCUAUUCAGGUGUCGUAUUAAACGGGACAAGAGAAGACACUGUAAAUAUAUGAACAGAGCCCAGUCGACAUCAGACGUAGACGUGGGGAACGAGAGCGGGGUUGUUUUCGAUAUCCAUCCACCCUGUCAUCCUGCUGUUGUUUGUAGCACAAUAUGAAACGGCCCACUGAGGUGAAACACAGAUGCAGGUUUUACUAGGUUGCGUGUGUGCGUGUGUUCUUGCGUAUGAGAAUGUGAGGCCGGGGGGGAGGGAGGCGGGGGGCGUUUGGGGGCUUUAUAGAGUCGCGUAGGGCGCAACAGCCGCCGGAGCCCAGGGCUACCAAAAAGCAUUUCAUUGUAGUGUUGUGGAGGUGGCCGUGCUGUGUAGUAAACACUUUUGUAUGUGGUGUCAGGAGGCUACAAAUUAAGAAAAUUGGAGCUGUCUUCUCGGUAUUGUCACGGGAGUUUCACUAUCCAUCUUUAAAAUGGGUUCCUGCCCGGUGCGAGGUGGAAAACUGUGUGAAAUGAGUGCCAGUUUAGUCACGGGAAAGUUUUAUUAAAGACGUAUUACCUUUAUACUUCUACCGAGCUCAUUUCAGUGGCAUCAUUAUAUAUUUAAACGUUGUACUAAUAACAUGCUGCUCAGCGUGGUCAAACGUCGAUUGUAGCCAUUUACUAAUGUUGUAUUAUUGUAUUACCAGUAUGAAAAACAUUUAUAUAUGGAUAUAUCUUUUUGUGACUUUGCGACCCUUGAAGAGGAUUGUAUCUUUCGUUUUCAAUGGUAGUCCAGGUUUACUUUUUUGGCGGCGAUUUAUGCAAGAACCGAGAGAUUUUCACUUGUGUGGCGUUGUUUGCGUUCGUCUGUAUAUCUUUGGUUCAGCUAUUGAAUGUAAUUCUACUUUUUAUGUACAUGUCUUUGUUUUUUAAGCAGUACUUUGUAAAUGUGUGGAUAUGUGGUAAAGCGAGUCUUUGUUGUGAAGCUGGACCCGAUUCGUGACGGAGACGCGGUCCGGCCGACACCUCUCUUUUAUAACAAGGAGCACUCCAGCACGCCAGACUUUAUCCUAACCCUGCAGGACAAUGACCGAAAGACAAACGGAUCGGGUCUGUCGGAAUGGUUUACGGAUGCUUUUAUGGAAAACACUUUUUUAUUUUUAGUUUCCUUGAUGCAAAAUGUAAACAACUAAAAGGUGUCCAAGGUUGCUCCAUCAUACAUAUUUAUCCUGAAAUGAGAUGUUGUGUCAGGUAACCCAAGAUGCGGUACCAUCAAAAUGUACAGGUCUUAUUCACGUCUGCAUUUUUAUUUCAAAUGACAGAAUUUACCUGACUGCAUAAGGUCAUUUCUGAGGGUCAGAUCAGGUCGAAAUCUCUCCAAACGAACAACUGCACGUUUUCACUUUUUACAGUGUUUAUUUUGGCUCAGUGACGACGGACAUUCAGUCAACCCAGAAAUAACUCACCUCUACAGAUGGCAUUCCCAAGCUUUGCAAAAUCAUGCGCUUCCUCGGACUCAGGUGUUACACGACAGGACUGAUGUGUUCCCUUCCAUAAUGAUCGAACUCCUCCUUGCUGCAGUUUUCCUCUCAGAACGAAAGUUUCUUUUCUACAAAGCUGGCGACUCCUAUUCUAUCUCAGCGACUGUACUACUUUAUUACCGAAACGAUCGACCGUAUCCUGGAGAGCGGAGGCAUCCGGUCAGAUGCGAAGGUUAGUGGUGCAUUAGCGGUGCUUUGGCCAAGGCGUGUUGUUUCAGGGACUCUAAAACAAAACCAGAGUGGCGGAUUCUGCUCUAGAAGAGACUGUGACCGAUCAACCUAACAAAAAAGAUGUCAAUUCUACAGAGAUCCGAGACCUCUGGGGUUAUUUCUUUGCUUUAGUCCGUACGAGACAUUACUUGUUUACACGUUCUGGUUUUCGACCCUGCUGUGAGGUAUACUGUAUGUUAGCUUUUGCACUGUAUUUUUCGGCUUGUCGUCUUCCCUAAAGUUUCUGUUUCCCUAUCGAGUGACGCCAACCCAUAAACCUGAGCACCAAAGUCAUUUACUGUCUUCCUCCACCCAAAGCAGAGAACCAAUGCAAACUGUAGUCUGCUUAUAGUCUUAAGACUCAAGUGCAUGUAUCUGCGAACUUAGACCUAAAAACGUCCUACGAAUUUGUUCUGGUCGUCUGCUCUCUAGGGCGGGUUUAAGACCAGCUAUGCAGCUCACCUUUAUCUGCACAGUUACAGUUACACACAGUCAAGCCAACGGAAACGACAAACUUCUCCUGGCAAAUGCGUAUUCCAGCCCAGUUCAACACAAAAAAGGAAAAAAACUCUUCCGAUUUUCCUCAUCGUCAUUGCCAGAUCCCCGAAGCACAAGAGUUUGAAUGGAAAGUUGAGUUUGUUGUCUUAGUGAUAGUAACCUUCCAUCUAGCGUACUUGUGUGUGUGUAUGUGUGCGUGCUUCCAGCCCCUUUGUUUUCUAUUGAAAAUAUAAGAAAGCUACUUCCUGUGUCAUCUCAGUAUAAAGAUGUAUUAUAUUAAAAAAGGUUCUCUUCAUGUGCAACACAAGCUCUACGCAACAACAAGUCUAUUUUAAUCACUUGCUUUGGUUUGGUUCGGUUUUGUCUCAUUCUUUCUUUCAGAUUUUUAAGAUGUUCCAAAACGUACACGUAAAGGGGGGGGGAGAAAAAAGAAACCAAUAUAUUCUAUUUAAAAUGAAAUGAUGAAACUUCUGCUGUCCUGGAUCUAUACUCUCUAAAUUUCACUUUUCUUUCUGUAUGCAUCUGAUGUGCUUCAGACAACCAGUACUGUUUAUUAAUGAACCAUUAUAUUAUUAUGAUUAUGAUUAUUAUUAUUACUAUCAUUAAUAUGGUUAUAAAUAAAUAUUUCUUUCUUCAAUAA